AUGCGUUCGUUGCUUCUCCACCUGUGGUCCAUCACAGCACUGCCCUUCUCCGAGAAGUAUGCUGACCUUUCGCCGGAUGACUUGAGCCGCGUGGCUGUGGAACUCUUCGCCGGCCGGUUGAACUGCUCGGCCAGCGGACAUGAGGAACACGUUCUCGAUGCUUUGCGACACUACAACGCUGUACCCAACUCCUGCUUUGCAGCCGGCUUGGGGCGGGUGCUUUGCUGCACGACCCCGAAGGCCAGCCCAUGCUUUCAAUCUGUGAGCGAGUUCGAUGACAACUGCUGUGCCGAGGAAGACGCUUGCCUUGUUGCCUUUGAAGCUGUGGCCUCGAAGGCGGAUCAGUUCAGUAGCUGCGAGGAGUUCUUACACUGCGCAGGUGCUAUUUUCCUGCCCUGUUUGACGUGGACUUUGGAGGCAGAUCGGAUUUUCGAAGAUACUUUCGUUCCAAGACUGUUGCUCAGUGGGCAUCGGUGUUUCUCGCUGCAUUUCUUCUCCAAGAGCAGCAGCCAAUCUGAGCCCGUUUUGGGUGAGGACUUUUGGCUCCUGGGGCUUUGCACACCAGCCGCCUGCUCAGCAGAGUCCAUUAGAACCAAUGCUGCGGAGAUCAUGCCGCUGGCCGAGCGAGAAUCGCGAGUUUGCUCAAUGUUAGAGGUCUCAGGGUGCAUGUUUAAGCCUACGCGUGGAAAACCGCACGUGUAG